AUUAGGACGUAAACAUGGCGGUGACUGUCAUCGUUCUAAUUUGAAGAGAAACAAGUCAUUUUUGUAUUUUAGCAUUAAACUUUUCAUUUUAAACUGACAAAAAGAAUAGAACAACAUGGGAAAUGCUGACACAAAAUUAAAUUUUCGAAAAGCAGUUGUACAAUUAACGUCGAAGACGCAGGUGAUUGAUGCUUCAGAUGACAAUUUCUGGGACCAAUUCUGGUCUGAAAACGUGACUAAUGUACAAGAUAUUUUUACUUUAAUCCCAGCACCUGAAAUUCGUAUAUUAAGAGAAGAAGCUCCUUCUAAUUUAGCUACAUUAUGUUACAAAGCAGUAGAAAAAUUAGUGAAAGCAGUUGAUAAUAGUUGUAGAACACAGAGAGAACAACAAACUGUUUUAAAUUGUUGUCGAUUGUUAACAAGAUUAUUACCGUAUAUUUUUGAGGAUCCUGAUUGGAAAGGAUUCUUUUGGUCUAGUUUACCUGGUAAAGAAGAUGAAGAAAGUAUACCAUUGGCUCAUUCGUUACUCAAUGCACUUUGUGAUUUACUAUUUUGCCCUGACUUUACUGUAGCUGCGAACAGAAAAUCUGGCCCUGAUAAAGCAGAAGAGUUACAAUCUAUAGACAGUUGUGAAUAUAUCUGGGAAGCUGGUGUAGGAUUUGCACAUUCACCUCCUAGAUAUCCAAUUUUAGAUUCAAAUAGAACAGAAUUACUAAAGUUGUUACUCACUUGCUUCAGUGAAACUAUGUAUAAUCCUCCUUUGGAUUUGUCAGUUACUCCAAACAGAUGGAUUCAACAUUUAACUAGUUCUGAAAACAGACACGCUUUGCCUAUGUUUACAUCAUUAUUGAAUACAGUAUGUGCAUAUGAUCCUGUUGGACUCGGAGUGCCAUACAAUCAUUUAUUAUUUACUGAUUCAUUAGAACCGUUAGUUGAUGUUGCAUUACAAAUUCUCAUCGUAACACUAGAUCACGAUACAAGUGGUGGUACUCCAUUAGAAGAAGGAAGUAUUGGAGAUAAUUUAUUUAUUAAUUAUUUAAGUCGAAUUCAUAGAGAUGAAGAUUUUCAGUUUGUAUUGAAAGGUAUCACGAGAUUAUUAAAUAAUCCAUUAAUGCAAACAUACUUACCAAAUUCAACUAAAAAAGUACAUUUCCAUCAAGAGUUAUUGGUAUUUUUUUGGAAAAUGUGCGACUAUAAUAAAAAAUUUUUAUAUUAUGUAUUAAAAAGUUCAGAUGUUCUCGAAGUAUUAGUACCUAUAUUGUAUCAUUUGAAUGAUUCGCGUGCAGAUCAAUCUCGUGUCGGAUUAAUGCAUAUUGGUGUAUUUAUUUUACUAUUAUUGAGUGGUGAACGUAACUUCGGUGUUAGAUUAAAUAAACCAUAUACGGCUACUGUACCGAUGGAUAUUCCUGUUUUUACAGGUACACAUGCAGAUUUAUUGGUCACUGUUUUUCACAAGAUAAUCACAACCGGACACCAAAGAUUACAGCCAUUAUUUGAUUGUUUAUUAACAAUUCUAGUCAAUGUAUCUCCAUAUCUUAAAACCUUAUCAAUGGUGGCUAGUACUAAACUAUUACAUUUACUCGAAGCAUUUAGCACUCCGUGGUUCUUAUUUUCAGCGCCUACCAAUCACCAUUUAGUAUUUUUUCUUUUGGAAAUCUUUAACAAUAUUAUUCAGUAUCAAUUUGAUGGAAAUAGUAAUUUGGUUUAUACUAUAAUACGUAAAAGGCAAGUGUUUCACGCGCUAGCAAAUUUACCAAGCGAUUGUAAUACAAUUGCGAAGUCUCUCAGUAAAAGACAACGUCGACAUGUACCUGCUAGUACAUCUAAUGAAAAUGUUAAUGAAGCAGCAAUGGAAGGUUCGCAUCCAGCCCAACCUGCUGAACCUGGAACUUUAAAGGCAACUUUAUUAGAAACGCCAGGUAUUGAAAAAAUGACUGAGAAAGAGUCUGCGCAUCCAUUAAGUCCUUCAAUAAAUAUUGAUAUGGGAAAAUCUAAUCACCAAAAUAAUGUGAAUGCUACAGAGGAUUUAAUGAAUUCAACUUCUAAGAACUCUGUUAUUCCAAAAGGAGGUAUUAGAGUGGCAGAACACAUGAAUUCUUCUAACAAUAUAAAUCAGUGGGUUCCUUCUAGUGAAUGGGUAUAUCAAUGGAAAAGUAAACUUCCGCUGCAAACUAUUAUGCGAUUGCUUCAAGUUCUUGUACCUCAAGUUGAAAAAAUAUGCAUCGAUAAGGGUCUUACUGAUGAAAGUGAAAUUUUAAAAUUUUUGCAACAUGGUACAUUAGUUGGCUUAUUGCCAGUACCACACCCUAUCCUUAUUAGAAGAUAUCAAGCAAAUGCAGGAACAACAGCUUGGUUUAGAACGUAUAUGUGGGGCGUUAUAUAUUUAAGAAAUGUCGAACCACCAAUUUGGUAUGAUACUGAUGUAAAGUUAUUUGAAAUUCAAAGAGUUUAAAUGCAAUGUAUAUUAAGUGAAUUAUUAUUAGCUUUAGCUGAAAUUUCUAUACUAUUCUUACAUGAGAUAUCAUUUCUUAAUAUAAAAAAAAGAAAUCUAUACUUAUCGUAAGUUGCACCAAAUGAUAAAGAACUUUACUACUUUAUUAAGUAAUGAAUGGCAUUUUUACAAGUGUAGUCUUUCUUACAAUUCUAUUACACAGAGCUACAGAACUGAUUUUACAAAUAUUGAUUAUGACAAACUAUGAUAGUAUGUUAUUAUAAUUCUCAACUUUCACUGAAAAAUGUGUAAAUACUUGCGACUGUGUAAGUGCCUUCACAGAUGUAAAUGACAAGUCAUUAAAUCAAUUGAUAUCUAUUUAGUUAAUUAGUAGUUCCUUAUUUUUCUUAAACUAUUUUUCUUUCAUGAAUUUGAUUUUUUUGUAAUAAGGAAAUACUGUUUUAUUAUUUAUUUCUCAUUGUAAAACAUCAUAAUAUAUUUACUAAGAGUAAAUGAAUUUUAACUCGUGUAAAAUACUGGUUUUGUAUGCCUGUGUAAUAGUCACUAAAUUUUUGAAAGACAACUUGAUAAUUCACGCUUUGUAAUACGUAAUAUAUCAUUUAAAAUUAUGAAUACUCCAGUCUAAACACAUUUUUAUUUUGUGACGGUACAAAAUCAAGUAUGUCAUAUUUUAUUCACGUAAAAAAGAACAAAUGAAAUUUUUUAUGUAUUGUAAAUGCAUUACCAAUUUUAAUUUUUUAGAUUUAUAAAAUUUUCUUGUUUCUUUCUAUUUAUCAAGUAUGUCAUAUUUAUAUUUCACUCGUAUCUUAAACAAAUUAUCUACAAUUUCAAAUUAUUAAAAUUUUUCGAUUUCAUGAUAUGAAGUAUAUUUAAUUAUUAAAAUUUUAGAAAUAAUAGAAUUCUAAUGAUUUUAAAAGAUUUAAAACAGUAAAAAAUUAAUAUGAUUUUUUUUAGUAUGUAAUAUGUAUAUAUGUAAUUGUACCUUUUAUUUCAACUCGAAAUAUUUAACAAGUUAAUUUAUUAAUACUAUUACUUUGAUGAAAAUAGUUUUUUUUAAUUUUGUAUAAAGUUGACAAAAAGACUGUACAAAGAUAAUGACAUUGUUUAAAAUUCGAAAGUUUUUAUGCUACUUGUAUUUCUAUAUAUAUAUUAUUUGUGUAUAUUGGUGCAAUUACACAGUUGUAUUUUUAGAUUAAACAUAUUUCUUUUCAUAUGUAAUAAAUUAAAACGAUACUUAAUCAUGUUAUACAUACAAAAUAAACAUCUACACUUAAUAUGUGACAAACAUAAAAAUGUAGUAUAGUUUAGAAAUUUGUAAUAAAUUUGGAAUACCAAAUUGAAAAGUAAUAAAAUAAAACAAACUAAAUACUUUUUUUGGUUCAAGCUACGUCUCGAUAUGCAAAAAUAUAGCUUGAAAAUCAUUGUUAGUUGUAAGUAUUAAUUAUAAUAUUCUACGUGAUAUACAUUACAUAACUUUGUUUCAAAUACAAAAAAAAAAUUACUGUGUAAACAAUUUCGAUAUUGAAAGAAGAAAAAUUAUAUAAAAUCAUAUAUAUAUAUAUGCAUAUAUUAAGUUUGCAUUAUAGUUAGAAGUUUGGAGCAUGAAAAAAUUACGCUCACUUAUCUACAUUAUGUACACGUAUGUAAUAUUAAAUAUUAUAAAACAUGUACUAUAUUUAGCCUAUAUUUUUAUUAAUUAUUAUACAAUAGAAUAUGUUUAUGGUGUACUUUAAUUUAUAUUAAAAGAUUUCAAAUUUAUGUUAAAUUCGAUAGAUUAUGAAAGAAGUGAACAGUGUAUGCAUCACGUAUAAUUCUAUGCUUAUUUUCUAUAAAUUAACUUAAGUUUCAAUUUUAUUUUAUUGCAGAAUCAUUUCAUUUUGUAAAUACUUAUAUUAAUUUUA